AUUUCCAUGUGUUCCAUUCAUGCCGGUAAAUGUGUUUAGACCCUCCAGAGCCAGAAAGAUUCAGAGAGUGAAGGAGACUCCAUGCAGAGGACACUGCUGACAGAGAUGGCCAUAAAAUUUUGUUGCUUUCCUCAGGAACCUGUUGAUGAUGUUGACUCCUGGGGCGAGUCCAUCGAGAACCUUCUGUCCUGCAAAGCGGGACAGAUGGCUUUCCAGGACUUCUUGAAGUCGGAAUACAGUGAGGAAAAUAUUCUGUUCUGGCUGGCAUGUGAGGAAUACAAAAAGAUCACGAGUGUACCAGAGAUGAUCAGCAUGGCAAACCAAAUCUACACUGAGUUUGUGCAAACGGAAUCACCUAGACAGGUCAACAUUGAUUCCGGGACUCGCACAAAUAUUACAAACAACAUCUCAGAGCCGACCCUGAGCUCAUUUGAUACUGCACAGAAGAUGAUCUUCAGUCUAAUGGCGAGAGACUGCUAUCCCAGGUUUCUGAAGUCCGACAUCUACCAGUGCAUUUUGCAAAAGCAAGGAAAGAGAUGAUUUCAUAAUGAAUAAUGGUACAUCGAUUUUAACUAUUACCAGCAACAUAUUUUUUUUAAUGAUUUUAUAUUUGGUAAGCAAGACCUUUUUAGUUUUGGACUGCUCUGAAAUAGCUCUAUUUUCAUCAUGAUGUUGCCAUAUAAUUUUUUUAAGGAAAAAUAUGUUUACAGUGACACAUUAGGAUCUAUUCUGAUUUUCAUGCACUGUUGCCUUUUGUUUUAUUUUUUUUUUUCUUUACCGAAAAUCAAACCAUUUAACUACAUAAUACUGUACAAUAACAGAAAAUGUCAGGAAUCAUCCCAUAUGGUAUUCGAAGGAUCUGUUAUGAGCUUGAACGAAUUCAGUAAUGUCCUGGUUAUCAGGUUUCAAACAAUUUAACUAUUUUUAUUAUUAAAACUUAUCCUCUCCUCCCAUAUCUAUAACAAAUCUUUUCCUCGCGGGUAUGAAUGACCCGAAGCCCUCAUUUCAUUUGUAAAUUCAAUUUUUUAGUGAGUUUUUUUGGGAGAUAUUUAGUUGUUUUUCAUUUUCUGCAUUGUAAAUGUGUCCAAAUCUAACCUAGAAAGGCGUGUGUGCGUGUGUGUGUGUGUGUGUGUGUGUGUGUGUGUUCCAAGUUAUGAGUCUAAGUACGACAAAUCUUCCAAGGUCUUUGACCACUCCGAUGAACACUCAAAUUUUAAAAAUGAAAAGAAAAUGAAUGUCAGACCAAAAUGACCUGUGGGGAGGAUGAUGAUGUCAAUCUUUUUUGUUAUUAAAAGAUGAUUUGUUUAGGUUUUCUUAUGAUUGAUGUUAUGACCGUCAGGAGGAAAUUUGUAAAAUGAAUUUAAAGAACCAUUUUAAUAUGAACACUUUAUAAAGGAACACCCUGGAUUCCUUAUAAAAAAAGUGAAAAUAUAUAUAAAAAUAUAUAAAAUUUUAAUAAAUGAACAUAAAAC